AUGGGUCGUAUGCACAGUCAUGGAAAGGGCAUGUCAGCCUCAGCUCUGCCAUACAAGAGAAGUUCGCCUAGCUGGUUGAAGGUCACUGCUCCAGAUGUUGAAGAGAACAUCUGCAAGUUUGCAAAGAAGGGUAUGACUCCAUCUCAGAUCGGUGUGAUUCUUCGUGACUCGCAUGGCAUUGCUCAGGUUAAGAGCGUGACUGGAAGCAAGAUCUUGCGUAUUCUUAAAGCUCAUGGUCUUGCUCCCGAAAUUCCUGAGGAUCUGUACCAUCUUAUCAAGAAGGCAGUGUCAAUUAGGAAGCAUUUGGAGAGGAAUAGGAAGGAUAAGGAUUCAAAGUUUCGGUUGAUUUUGGUUGAGAGCAGGAUCCACAGGCUCUCUCGUUACUACAAGAAAACAAAGAAGCUUCCUCCUGUCUGGAAAUACGAGUCAACCACUGCCAGCACUCUGGUUGCUUAG